UAUGAUUUAAAUAAAAAAAUAUUUUAUUCCAAAUAUGAACUUUUUUACUUCCUUUUGGGGGUGGGGGGGAACUUCGAAUUGACCCGCUGUAUUUUAUGCAUGACCGAAUAAAUUUUAAUCUCAAAAAAAAGAAAAAAAAAAAAAAAAGAAAAAAAAUUCUACAAAUUCAAUUUUGAAUGUUUAAAGCAAGCAAGCAAAACCCCCCGUCUUUGCAAAUGAGAAACCUCUCUCUCUUACUUUUCUCAAUGAAUAUAACUCUGACAUCACUUCUCUUCUUGAUACUUUUUUCUCUGCCAAUAAAAUUAUUGGCCUUAACUCAAGCUGAAGACCAGUUCAUCUAUAAUGGCUUCAAUGGAUCCAAUCUUCGUCUUGAUGGGAGCGCUAAAGUUCAUCCUAAUGGUCUUUUGCAGCUGACCAACACUUCCAACCAACAAAUUGGCCAUGCUUUCUACCAAUUUCCUCUGAAAUUUAACACAUCCUCAUCCAGCUUGACUCGGUCUCUUUCAUUUUCCACCACUUUUGUCUUCGCCAUUAUUCCAAAUUCCCCAAAACUUGGUGGCCAUGGCAUGGCCUUCACCAUCUCCCCAUCCAUGGACUUCUCACAGGCCAAGCCUAUAGAGUAUUUGGGACUCUUCAAUAAUAAUAGCAACGGCAAUCGUUCAAACCAUCUCUUGGCGGUUGAGUUUGAUACCGUUCAGACUCUUGAUUUUGAUGAUAUAGAUGGGAACCAUGUGGGAAUUGAUGUAAACAGCCUAAAAUCUAUUGCUUCGGCUCCUGUGACAUAUAUUUCCAAAGGGGUAAAUAAGAGCUUGGAGCUCGUGAGUGGGAAUGCAAUACAAGUUUGGAUAGAUUAUGAUGAAGUGGAAAAGCUACUCAACAUAACAUUAGCUCCUAUCAAAACUCCAAAACCAAUUCGACCACUCUUGUCAACAGCCCACGAUCUUUCUCUAGUUCUCCUGGACAGCAUGUAUGUUGGUUUCUCUGCAGCAACAGGAUCACUGACAAGCAACCACUAUAUUCUUGGGUGGAGCUUCAACAGGAAAGGGCAAGCACAGGAAUUAGAACUCUCAAAGCUUCCUUCAUUUCCAAGACACAGAAAAUCAAGGGAGAACAUAGGUCUACUUGUUACAGUCUCACUAAUAACAGUAUCAAUGGUGCUGAUCUUCAUCGCGAUCACCUGGACAGUUUAUGUUACAAGGAGGAAAAGAUAUGAAGAAUUACGUGAAGAUUGGGAACAGGAAUAUGGACCUCAAAGAUUUUCCUAUAAGGAUUUGCACAAAGCAACAAAUGGUUUCAGAGGCAGAGAGCUUCUCGGAGAAGGAGGUUUUGGAAAGGUUUACAGAGGAGUACUCCCCUCUUCCAGCAAAGAAAUCGCGGUAAAGAAAGUCUCCCACGGAUCAAUACAAGGGAUGAAGGAAUUUGUUUCUGAAAUUGCUAGCAUGGGAAGGCUAAGGCACAGGAACUUGGUGCAGCUUCUUGGCUAUUGCCGAAGAAGAGGAGAGCUACUCUUAGUCUAUGAUUAUAUGCCCAAUGAAAGCCUCGACAAGUUUUUAUUCAGCAAUGAAAAACCAAACCUUGAUUGGGCUCAACGUUAUCGAAUCAUCAAAGGGGUAGCAUCUGCCCUGCUAUAUCUGCAUGAAGAGUGGGAACAAGUUGUUAUACAUAGAGAUGUGAAGGCCAGUAAUGUUCUUUUGGAUGCUGAUCUAAAUGGAAGACUUGGAGAUUUCGGGCUGGCUAGAUUGUGUGAUCAUGGAGCUAACCCUCAAACCACUACUGUGGCUGGAACCAUUGGGUUUAUUGCACCAGAACUUACUAGAACAGGCCAGGCGACUACUUUCACCGAUGUGUUUGCUUUUGGGGCAUUUAUGCUUGAAGUUGCAUGUGGAAGGAGGCCUGUAGAGCCCCAGCGAUUGCCUCGAGAGAGAAUUUUGGUUGAUUGGGUUUUUGAGAGAUGGAAACAAGGAGCUAUUCUUGAAACCAUUGACCCGAGAUUGGGAGGUGAUUAUGCGGUAGAGGAAAUGGAGUUCAUCUUGAAGCUAGGUCUGCUCUGCUCACAUUCUAAUCCAGUGGCUAGGCCUAGCAUGAGGCAAGUGAUGCAAUAUUUGAAUGGAGAUGUCUUUCCGGAGAUACUACUUGAACGUGCAGAGAUUGGAAUGGUAAUACUUGGUCAUGGAGCAACUGCUGAUUUUGUAAUGUCUACUUUUUCUUUGUCCAGCAACGAGUCAAUCCUAAUAAGGGGUCGUUAGAUUGGAAAAUUUUCAUGCCUUGCAUAUAUAUAUAUAUAUAUAUAUAUUUGCUAGUUUGUGGCUGUAAAUUCAUUUUACUCAGAAUUAUGGAUGUGGAUUGUCUGUAAUAUUGCAUUAACACUUCUAGAUUAUCAUCAUGCCUCACUCGUCUUAUACUAUCAUCUAUAUAUUUCUCUGUUGGCAUUUCAUAUUGAAGAGAAACUCUCACAUAAGAAGCAGCUUAUUACUUUUUCAUACGACUCAAAAGCUGUAGUAACAAAAUCUGUUCUACAACAAGCCACUUCUCUGUGAUGGAUGCAAUGUUGCCAAGAUUGGUGAAUUAUACGGCUAAAGUUUCAGCAUGAGCUUCCUAUGUAUAUGUAAAAAUGAAAAUCUCAAACCCUUUGUAUUUUAUAUCUUAGACCAUGCAACAUGGGGGAAUAGCAAGCUUAGGUUAAGGGGAAUUGGUUUAUGUAGCAAUCCAUUUAAACUGAAUUGAUGUAUAUAUAUUUGCCACUUUACUUUUGUGAGUAUUUUGUGCAUAAGCUUGAGCCAGGGGAAGAUGAGAGGGCACUUUCGCAGGUCAUAACUGAGGCAAAUUAAGACUGCAAAUUCAUCAUCGCCAAUUCCUGUUUCUACCAAUGCAAAUGAAGUGGUUGAGGAAGAAAACCAGGGAAGGAUACUCCAAGCCAAUUGAAGAGGAACAUCUGUUCAACUGCAGAUAUAGAAAUGGUUUUCUGUAUUUAGUACCACAACAACAACCACCACCACCAAUCCUUUUCCCAAUUACUUGGGGUCGGCUACAUGAAUCCUAUAUUUUCAUUCGGCUGUUUUCUGGAUUUAGUGUAGAAGGUUUUUCUAGUAGUUAAUAAAGUCUAGCCAAUGUUCAUUUCCUCCAUUGGUAUAAGACUGUUCUGUAUAUUUAGCUACAUGUAUUUCUAGUUUUCUACAUAAAUGUAUAUUGAUAAUAAGCUGUUUUUGCAGCUUCAGAGAAUUUUA